GUCACACCGGCAGGCACACCAUUUUCGAUAGACUGCUCCUAUCGAAACGGAACUGGCAAAAAACGCGAAAUAAUUGCAAUAAAUUGCAAAUUCUCAGGAAACCGGAACAAACAGGCAAAACCGCGACAAUGGAGGUGGACGAGGAAGAGUUCGAGGUGCCGUCGAGCAGCAGCAAGGGCGAGAAGAAGCGCUUCGAGGUGAAGAAGUGGAACGCCGUGGCUUUGUGGGCCUGGGACAUCGUGGUCGACAAUUGCGCCAUUUGCCGCAACCACAUCAUGGAUCUGUGCAUCGAGUGCCAGGCGAACCAGGCGUCCGCCACCAGCGAGGAGUGCACCGUGGCCUGGGGCGUCUGCAACCACGCCUUCCACUUCCACUGCAUCUCCCGCUGGCUGAAGACCCGCCAGGUCUGCCCGCUGGACAACCGCGAGUGGGACUUCCAGAAGUACGGCCACUAAAUCGGCAGUCGGAAAUUGGAAAUUGGAAUUCCAGGAUAACCAGUUGGAGCAGCGCAUCAACCUCACCCACACACAUCCAUAAACUCCCCCCAACUCAAAAGCCUGCUUCAUCGGAACACUUAAAUCAUAUAAUACCUUCUUAGAUCUUAAGCGAAUGGGCCAAGUCGCGAGAAUUGGCAACGAUCUUCGGGACGCGCAGAGUUCCAGUUGCCAAUUCCAACGAUUACCAGCCAACAAACAGACCUUUUUGUAACGCAAGAAAUAAAAGCUGUAGAAGAUGGAGAAGACUA